GGAUGAAAACGCAUGGCAUCCGAUUCGAGAUCGCUUGCUACAAGAACAAAGUGCUGAAUUGGCGCGAGGGCAUCGAAAAGGACAUAGAGGAGGUUCUCCAAACCGAGACGGUCUUCACCAACGUGUCCAAGGCGAUCAUCGCCAAGGAGAAGGACUUGCAAAAGGCCUUCGGAACCGUGGAUCUUCUUGAGAUCUGCAAGAAGAUUCUCAAAGACGGCGAUGUGCAAGUGUCUGACCGAGAGCGGGAGGUCCACAUGGAGGGUCUCUGGAAAGACAUCGUGCAGAUCAUUGUGGAACGCUGCGUGCACCCACAGACGGGCCGGCAGCUCACAGCUCCGACGGUGGAGUCUGCGCUGAAGUCCACUGGCUUCAGUGUGCAGCCGGACCAGGCGGCCAAAAGACAGGCCCUGAAGGCCAUGGAAACCUUAGAGGCGAAGAUGCCCGAGAGCUUUGCCCGGGCGAAGAUGCGUCUACAGAUGAUAUGUCCGGAGUCGCUCCUGGCAAGCAUCCGCAAGCACGUCGUGGAAGUCUGUGCGGCCAAGCGUCUUGUCAUGCUCGCGUGUGUAGGGUUUCCUGUGAGAAGGGUUGACAACGGUAGAGAGUAUCUGAUCCUUCUCAUCUGGAGAUUCUACUUGAAAACAGACUCUGAAUCAAGAUGCAAUCCCAGCACUGGACCUGACAUGACAAUGCAGAAGGCAUAA